CAGGAAUGUUGUUAAGGUGCCAUAGAGACCAAUGACCCAUGGAGCCCCUCAGUUCAGGUGUUCUCUAUUCUGCAGCAUGUGACGUCACUGAUGGAUGCUCUGGGCAUCAGUGCUGAAUUGCUGUGGAUGAUAAUAUGUAAGAUGCAGAGAAUCAAAGAAAAGACUUUUUGAUGAAACUGAAAAGGUGGAUUUCUCCAACAGAAUGUAGACCAAAGUCCUGAGAAGUGUAUUAUUGUACAGAUAACCCCUAUGGCUCAUUUAAACUCUCUCCAGAACGGAGAUUUGGUAGGUCCUUAUCUCAUGGGUACUGGUGUUAAGACUGUGGCCGCCAUGGUUACGUUCAACGACUCAACUGACAUCCACAAGAUGCAGCCGCCGUCCUGCAUACUCACUCAUCAGUCGCCAGGCCUGCGACGCAAACAGCUGAUGUGGCAGAAUGCCGUCAAACACAUCAUCAGCCAACGGGGCCUGAGGGAGCAGUUUGGCUUGGAGCCGGCCCGGAAGAUUCACGUCACUGAUGCCUACAUUGAUGAAAUCAACCAACAGAUACGCAGCAAAGCAUCACGGGGUAUUGCCAAACGACGUUACUCUGUCGCCAGGGUUCAUCCAUCUUUUUUCGGAGAGCGUAGCGGCUCUUCUGGCACGCAGUCUCGAACGUCUGCAGACUACAUCAGCGACGCUGACUUUUUUGUGCACUGGGGCCACAUCAUCCACGGGGUGUAUGUGCCUACAUUGAGACACACCUUCAAAUCCCGAGACCUUGAGAAACUUUACCAGCGCCAUUCCUCGCACACUAGAAGAACUUCAUUGGUUGUCACCAACAUCAUUGAUGUAGCUGCCAAACUGCAUCUGUAUUUGCUCUACCUGGCCAUGGCACCGGGGGGCUUGGACACACUGCUGGGAUGGUGCACGGGGUUCUUUGUGGUCUGCGCGGUUGCACUGUGUGUUUUGGUACUCGCCUGCAAACGUUCGCAUUCACCGAGAUGGUUGCAUUAUGCUGGCAUGGCUAGCUGGCUGUCACAGACAACUCAGGUAUUGGGUGGACUGGCAUACGGGUUGGAGAGAGACCAGUCCUGGUAUGUUCUGUUUACCCUGUUUGCCACAUACACUCUGCUACCACUACCAUUGCUUUGGGCUAUUGGGGCUGGAACACUCACCUCAACACUGCACCUCAUUGCAGAGGCCGUACGCCACUUCAGUGAAGUAGGACUGCUGAGAAAGAUUCUGGCCAAGGCUUUACUGUACAUCAGCAUGAACGUGGCGGGUUUGUUUAUCCAUUACCUGACGGAUCGAUCCCAGAGACAAGCUUUCCUCGAGACGCGGCGCUGCAUCGAAGGCCGCAUGAAGCUGGAAACUGAAAACCAGAGACAGGAGCGUUUGGUGCUGUCGAUCCUGCCUCGCUUUGUUGCCUUGGAAAUGAUCGCUGAUAUGACCUCUAUGGAUGAUGAGCUCGAUCCACAGGAAUUUCACAAAAUAUACAUCCAUCAGUAUAAAGAUGUCAGCAUACUCUUUGCUGAUUUAAAAGGCUUCACGCUGUUAUCCAUGAACAUGUCUGCUCAAGAGUUAGUGCGCUUACUCAAUGAGCUCUUCGGACGUUUUGAUCGGCUGGCCGAGGAGUAUCACUGCUUGAGAAUAAAGAUCUUGGGGGACUGUUACUACUGUGUGUCUGGGGUACCAGAGCCUCAGCGGGCACAUGCCAACUGCUGUGUGGAGAUGGGAUUGGCCAUGAUCAGCACCAUCAGAUUUUUAAGGAAACAACUGAACUUUGACAUGGACAUGCGGAUUGGGAUCCACUCUGGUUCGGUUCUCUGUGGUGUUCUGGGCCUGCAGAAAUGGCAGUUUGAUGUUUGGUCAUGGGAUGUGGGCAUUGCCAACAUGCUUGAAGCAGGAGGGAUCCCUGGACGCAUCCACAUUUCACGUGCUACCCUGGACUGCCUGGAUGGAAGCUACCAGACAGAAGACGGGCGUGGAUAUGAACGCAAUGAGUUUCUUCGAAAACACAACAUUGACACGUUCCUCAUCUGCCACAAGGAAGAGGACCUGGAUCGAGUGGAAGCCGAACCUCCAAAACCCAGACAAAAGAUCUUGGCAUCCUUCAGCAAUGCCUCUUACACACAGCUCCCUAAUUCCUCAGCGCUUAGGUCAACAUCCAAGGAGAUCAACAAACGAAUCGAGCACGCCAUUGAUCUCCGCAGCAGUGAGCGUAUGCGUCAGGAACACAUCACUCCGGCCACAUUGGUGUUUAAAGAUACGCACAUUGAGGAGAAGUUCUCACAGGUGAGGGAUGAGAUGUUUAAGACCAAUCUGGUCUGCUCUUUCAUCAUGUUUGUCCUCCUCUUGGCUGUCCAAGCCCUCAUCCCUGCACCCAGGUUGUAUCAGUGGUCAGCAGUGCAGUUUUGUCUGUUCCUCUUGGGCUAUACGGUUUUGCUGGUAAUGGCCCUGGCUGAGGAGUUCAAACAUUGCCCCGGUGUCAUUCAGCAGCUCUGCUGCUGGAUCCAUGAAAACGAUAAAAUGCGCAACCUGCUCACGGUCACGGCUAUGGCUAUCAACUUUGGCAUCGCCCCCUGUGAUAUGAUAUGGUGCAGUUCUUCUGAGACAGGGGACAUCGGCACCAAUGACACAGAGGAACAUCAGACCAGCCAAAUACCACUAACUGUGUGCACCUAUCCAGAGUUCUUCGUCCUGAGUGGCGUGGUAUCUAUGGUGACCUGUGCUGUGUUCCUGAGGAUGAGCUCUCUGUUAAAGUUGACUAUUCUGUUGCUGGUGGUGGCCGUCUAUGCAUACUUCAUUGAAUUGUCAUUUCACAUGCUGUAUUUAAAUCAGCAGGAACAGUUAAGUAGGUCUCACUACCUCAGAAGGAAAGGAGUCUCAAUUCUGUUGAUGGGAAUGUUCGUCAUUGCUGUGUUCUACAAUGGUCGACGGUGGGAAGCUACAGCACGGCUGGACUUCCUGUGGCGUCUGCAGGCUCAGCAGGAAGUUCAGGAGAUGAGAGAGCUGAGGGAACACAAUGAGUGUCUGCUGCAUAACAUCCUGCCCGCACACGUCGCACGUCACUUCCUGGAGAGGAACAGAAAUGAUGAGGAGCUGUACUCUCAGUCAUACGAUGAGGUGGGAGUGAUGUUUGCCUCUAUCGCUGGCUUCAAUGACUACUAUGAGCAGAAAGAGAUCAAACAUGAGGGCGUUGAGUGUCUCAGACUGCUCAAUAAUAUCAUUGCCGACUUUGAUGAGCUUUUAGAGGAGACAUAUUUUAUAGACAUUGAGAAAAUAAAAACUAUUGGCAGUUGCUACAUGGCUGCAUCCGGUCUAUCGCCCAAACAGUCUCAUGUUGGAAAUGGCUGGCAUCAUCUCAGCGAGUUGGUUUUGUUCGCUCUGGCCAUGCAGGAGACCCUGAGAGAGAUCAACAAACACUCAUCAAACAAUUUUCAGCUCCGUGUCGGAAUUGCCCACGGUCCUGUUGUUGCGGGUGUCAUAGGGGCCACCAAACCCCAGUAUGAUAUCUGGGGCAUGACAGUAAACCUAGCGAGUCGGAUGGACAGCAAUGGGGUCAAUGGAAGGAUUCAGGUUCCCGAGGCCACGCGCAAUAUUCUGGCCGACUGGGGCUUUGUGUUUGAGCUGCGUGGUGAGAUAUUCAUAAAGGGCGUCAGUGAGCGACAGGGAGGUGUCCGGACGUACUUCAUAAGCACCAAAAGGCGUGAGAUGACAAAUAAUGGCAAUGUCCAGGACAAGAAUGGGCACAGUGGAAGAACCACUCUGGCCGCUGUGGUCUUCGGCCUGGUGCAAGCCAUUCAUAGAGAGAAACAAAGGGGCACCAAUGGAGGUUUUACUUUGCCAAGCAAUAACUUCACCGCAUGAUGAUAUGAAAUAUCAAGUUCGGAUUCAUGAUGAUGAGUCAUCAAAUCUGCCUUCAUAUUCGAAAGGAUACCUCAGAUGUCUUUAUAGACUUGUCAUAUGGACUACAGAAUACAAAUAAAAUAAUAUAUAUAUAGAAGAUAUUUUGAGACAUGUCUCAGUUGUUUUGUGUCCAUACAAUGGCUGUCAAUAGGGUCCAAUGUUGUUUGCUUAACAACAUUCAUCAAAAUAUCUUCUUUUGUAUUCUGCAGAAGAAAGUCAUACAGGUUUGAAAUGAUCAUUUUUUUCCCUUUAACUUAGGAACUUAUUUGUUCUUCUAAAGAGGUAACUUCAAGAAUGGUUCUUUAAUAAUACAUUGAUACAUCUUGUGAGUAAACAAAUAUUUUCCCUCACUACAGCCAAUGUAAACAUAUUCAGAUAAACACAGUUUACAUUUUACUUUUAGCGAAUUCUUACUCAUUCACACCGUGGCAGUAUAAAAAUACCUCACAUCGUCACAUGUACAAUAGAUUGUGUACAUGACUUCUUGGUAAGUUCCAUUGCAUGUUUUUUUACCUCAUAUGACUAAUAGUUGAGAUUUAAAAAUGGUAAAUAUUUUGGACAGUAUAUGCUUUUUUAAGGUUAAAAUAGAAAUAGAUAAAAUAACGUUCUAUAUUUUCUUGUUAAAUGUUCCGCUUUCAAAUCCGUGGUUUGUUUAGCUUAAACUUAAAUGCCAUAAACAUAAUUCAUGUAUUACAGCCAUUUAAUGUUGCCUUGGGACAGAACUGUAAUUUCUAGUGUGUGCUAAAGUAAAUAUUUACAUAAAACCACCAUUAUUUACCAGAUUAUAUUUUCAUAUGAUUCAUGUGUAGUGAUUUCAUUGAAAAAGGAUGUCAUACUUGACACUCUUUAUAAACCAGUGUAGCCUUGUGUCAAAUCAUGUGUGACAGUAUUACCGUGGUAUUUUUUGUCUAAGGUAUCUUGGAGUGCCCUAUAAAUGGUACAUAAAUAUAAGAGAUAUCAAUGUCAUGGUAUACCAUCUGAUCAGGACCAUGGUACAUCCAGAGUAGUUUUGUAAAGGUCUUCCUUAAAUUACUGCAUUCAAUUUACCAACCAUUUGUUUAGAGGUUGUAACUUAUACACAGGCCUACUGUAUACAUAGGCGUAUUUAAUAAACACAUUUUCGUGCAUCUGUCUGAUCCAGUUUU